CUUAUAACAUUAAAAAUAACUAAGCUGAAAUGCUACUAGAGAUAUUUAAAUGUCCUGAAAGUAAUUUAUGCUACUUGUAUAUGUUAAAAAUCGCUAAAAUAUUCCGAAUUAUAGGCUUAGAUAUUUUCUCAUUUUCAACUUAUUUUUGCUAUGCGGAAUCCAUUGAUAUAAGCGGUCAUGAAAGUGUUUGUCAACUGCUGCGAUGUAUUUGCCACGUCUACGGUGAUUGAAAAAUUAGCCUCAAGAAAAAUGAUUCUCAUUGACAUUUUAUUCCAGUGAUGCAGUGUGCUUGGGAGACAUAGGAAACACAAAAUGUUGAGUAGGACGUCCCAUGCAAUAGCAUUAUGUUCCAUUGCCAACUUCAUCAACUCUGCAGACCGGGUGAUCAUGCCCAUCGCUAUCGUCCCCAUGGCAGAUGAGUACAAAUGGGACCUACAUGGACAGGGAUGGGUUCUCAGCUCCUUUGCCGUUGGAUAUAUGAGUAGCCAGGUGAUUGGAGGAAGUGGAGCCAAAAAAUAUGGUGGGAAAAUGAUGCUGACCAUUUCUGUACUUUUGUGGUCAUUAUCAACGUUUCUUGUUCCCUUCUUUGCGCAUUCCAUUUAUGCAUUGAUACUUUCAAGAGUCCUGUUAGGACUAGGGGAAGGAUUGGGAUUGCCCACGAUUUUCCACAUUUUUUCUCAUGCCAUUCCAUGUGAAGAAAGAUCCAGAGCUUUUGGUUAUUUGGUUGCAUUUGGAUCAAUUGGACAAACAUUUGCCUCAGUGCUUUGUCCUCAUCUUGACUGGGAGUGGAUGUUUUAUUUAUUUGGCUUUAUGGGUUUUGUGUGGGUCCUGUUAUGGAUUCUCAUGUACAAGGAAAUCAGGACAUCCACAGAGGAGGACUUUGUGGAUCCACCGAAGGUCAGUAAUAACAAUGUUUCCUGGCGAGAAUUCCUGUGCCAUUGGCCUCUUUGGUCCAUCUAUAUAGCUCACUUUAGCAUGAACUGGUCGAACUAUAUCAUAAUGCAGUGGCUGCCAACCUAUAUGACUCGUACACUGGGGGCGGAGAAGAGCCAUAUAAUGUUUACGGCAGUGCCUUACAUCAUGAAUUCUCUAGUCGGAAUGGGUGCUGGUCACUUUGCCGACUCCUUGAUUACCAGAGACAAAUGGACAUUGCUGUCAGUGAGGCGACUGAUGACCAGCAUAGGUCUUCUAGGACCAGGAUUAUUUAUUUUAUUUUUCAGUGCUGUAAAUAAUUUAUCUCUUGCUGUUUUCUUUGUUUCCUUAUCUCUGGGUUUAAGUGCUUGUAACUCAUCAGGGCAUUUAAGCAAUCAUGCAGAAGUGGCUCCUAAUCAUGCCGGAAUUACUUUUGCCAUCUCCAAUACAUUGGCAACAAUCCCAGGCAUCACUUGUGGACCACUAACAGCAGAACUUGUACUUCAGAGUCACGGCCGGUGGUUCCCAGUGUUUAUCAUUGCGGCUGGAGUGAAUUUUGUCGGUGCUAUUAUUUACCUAAGUCAGAGUGCUGCCAGUCAAGUGCUGUAGCUCCGUGAUUUUAAUCCCUGAUCAAAUUUCUGAACAUAAUGAACUGUAUUCCAGCCAUGUCUUGCAAUAGAUUACCUUAUAAGUGGAAUUUUUAGUGAUUUUUCUAUAAACUAUAUAGUGAGAACUAAUUUUAGCAACGUCAUGAUUCCAAGAAAGACAACUAUUACCUACCAUAAAUUCAAAACUCUCGCUAAUAAUGCCAAAAUUAAAUCCUUGCUUAAAAUUCUGCUUUAAGGGUAUGUCAAGUCACUUGUUACAUUUUAUUGAGGAUAAAAAAUGUGAUAUUUUAUUUAAUGAGAUGCAUUAAGCAUGUAUGAUGGUAGGAUUUUGGUGUCUUUAAUAAAAGAUAUUUUGUUGUGAAAUAAUCUGACCUUUUUUAACCAGUAUGUGCUGUAUCAUUUUCUGAAGAGUACAAAUACUCAGCCUUUGAGAUAUGUUUCUGUGAUGAAAGUAUUAGAUUUAGAUAAUUCUUUCUUCUUUUUUUUUUUUCUUUAACAUAGAUGUGGCAUUUGAUUGUAUAUAUAUAUAUAUGUACAUUUUAAUGUGAUGAUGUUUUUACAUGAAGAUAAAGUCAUAUUCUCAAAUGGAAAAUUGUAUUUUGCCAAAGUUUGUUUUUGCUGAAGAGAAGACAUGCCGUAUGUAUUUUUGAAGAUGUGCUAUUUAAUAUCCUGUGAGAUUAUUAUAUGAACAAUAUGUGUUUUUGUUGAUAUUUAUGUCUUGUUACUGAAUAGUGUUUUUGUAACACUCUUCUUUCAUUCGUGAAGCAGGGUAUAUUUUGAUUUUCUCAAAAUGGCAAAAUCAGGAUUUUUAAUAAACGUUAACAGGUACAAUGUAUAAACAUUUAUGUUCUGAAGUAUGAUUGAAAAUUACAGAUCCACAUUUACACAAUAUCGCUAGGGUGUUUAUUUAAAUGAAUUGGUGGUAUCAAAGUUGACAGCUUGUUAUUUAUAAUCCAGUGAGCAUAUCCAGUCUGAUUUUUUUUUUUAUAUAUCUUCAGUAUUCACAGAAAAUGGUGUAUGAAAGUUACAAAUAUGCUUAAAGACGAUUUGUGACUUUUAAAUGCUAUUGCAAGUAGAUCUGUUUUAAAAUAGUGUUGCUAUCGCUUUGUUGUGUGUUUUACAAUCAAUUGGGAAAACUUUUAAAACAAUCCUUAGCAGCAUGAAGUUGCAAUUUUUUCAGACAUGGAGAAAGUUAUUUGUAAAAUUUCUUUCAUAGAGUGUGCAACAGACUUUUAAGAUAGAAAAUGAAUGUAUUGUGCAUAUUAUACCUGCAUUAAAAAGAAUGAUUUUGAUGAUAUUUUUAAAUCAUUAUAAAAAUAUACAUAUCCUACCAGCAUAAAAUGCAAUAGUUUUUCAUCAAGUAGUCAUGAGAUUCUCCAUUUAAAGGGAAAAAGGAAUUUAAUGGUGUGUGAGCGGAUGGGAGACGGAACAUUCAUGUUGUUGCGAGAAUGUUAUGAAAAAUAAAAUGUAAAUAAAUCUGUA